AACGGCGCCGUUUCACUGCUCUUCUUCCCGUGUCUCGUCUUGUCAGUUGGUUUGGGAAUUCGCAGUUCCAACUUCCAAUUUUGCUUAAACCCUAAACCCCAUAGCUUGACAGAAUACCCUGCUCGGCCGUCCGUAGAAACUGUGAUCGUAUCUGAAACAAUGGGGUUUUUCGACCUCAAUAUCCCUUACGAAACUUCGCUAUCAUCCAAGGCGACGCGGAUGAAGCUUGUAAUCAAGGCCAUGGAGCUCGGCUACAGCGGCGUCGCUUACAAUCGGACGAUGAGAGGCGUGAUGUCCGAUCACGACCGGUGCUCCAUCCCGCUCUUGUCUUUCUCAUCUCUAUUAAGUAUCGUUCCUUCUUUAGCCUCAUCUGUCAGUUUCCACCGCGAGCUGCUCGGAGUUUCACGGAACACGCCGUUCCGUCAGUACACUCGUCUGACAGUGUGCGUGGAUAGUCCGGCGCAAGCUCAGGUGCUCAAUAGCGGGAAUCCCAUCUUGAAGAGCUAUGAUGUUGUGGCUGUGAAGCCGACGAAUCAAGUUGCAUUCGAUCAUGCAUGUGAGAAGUCGGAGGUGGACAUUAUUGCUAUUGAUUUCUCCGAGAAGCUGCCAUUCAGGUUGAAGAUGUCAAUGGUUAAGGCUGCGGUGGAGCGUGGGGUUUAUUUUGAGAUCAUAUACUCUGAUCUUAUUGCGGAGAGAAGGCAGAUGAUUCCCAAUGCCACGUUACUGGUCGAUUGGACGCGGGGCAAAAAUCUAAUUUUUUCCAGUGCUGCUUCUUCUGUAAAUGAAAUUAGAGGGCCUUAUGAUGUUGCAAAUUUAUUAUCAAUGUUGCUUGGCCUAUCUAUGGAACGAGCCAAAGCAGCUAUUUCCAAAAAUUGUAGAAAUCUUCUAACUAAUUCCUUAAGGAAAAGGUACUUCUACAAGGAAGCUAUUAGGGUUGAGCCUUUAUCAAGUGGACAAACAUUUGACUCAAACAACCCCUUUUCCAUGGACUGGCUUAUGUGGGAUCCCAUCUCUAGUGGGGAAGGUGAUUUACAGUUAGAUGAUGUGCCAGUUGCAGUGAAGGCAUCAAAAACCAUGAAAGCAAUUGACUUUGAUUCAAUUAUUGAUAGCACCUCUUCACAUGGUGGAGGCUUUCUGAUGGGUUCCAAGUUCCUUGAAUUAACUCCCGCUUCUGUUGAAGUUCCUGAGAAGCUUGAUGGAGAUCAUCCUUUGACUUGUCAUAUUUCAGAAGCACUACCACAGAAUCAAAUUUCUUGUUCUGAAAACUCUCAGGAAGCCCGUUUACCUGAUGCUGAGGCAACAGCUAUUCAUUCUGAUGAAAUUUGGCGCGCAAAAAGCACCGACGGGAAAGAAGCUGCAAUCUUGGAUGGCUUAGAGAACUCAGUUUCUCUAGCUAAAACUGAAGGACAUGAUUCCUCUUUACAACACAUUUCGUCAUCACUAUCAAAUUCUCAAAAUGAUGAUACAGUCUAUCGGAAAUCUGUGAUGCCUAUUGAGGCAAUGCCCCCCUGCACCUCAGGUGCUAAAACAGAUGUAUCCGGGAACACAGACUUUCUUUCUCAAAUUGACAAGUGUAUGAAGCCACAAGGCUUUGACGCUGAAGUUGAUACAACUAGUGUUGACCAAGAUGUUGAGGUGAUCUUAGAACCCCAGAAAGAUGCACAGGCUUGCACAAAUCAUUCUGGCACUGAACUGAUGGAAUAUGAAAAUAAUUCAGUUUCAGUUGAGCAUAAGUUAUCUCUCCCUCUCUCAUCCAGCGUCAUUCCUAGGGAUGCUUCACCAACUGCUAAUUAUAGUUCCACUGAAGAUGUUCAAAUGAAGGAGCUAGAUCAAAGAGAAGUCAACAGAGAUAUAAUCCUGCUUUCUGAUGAGGAUGUAAAAGAUGACUCUCAAGUUGCAAGUUCUCUGACCUUCGAGGAGCAGAGUUCUCAAGAACAACACCAUGGGAAGGCUCAAGGCAAUAAUUUGACCUCAGUGCCAUCUUCUUCAGGAAGAACAAAAGCAAAAUUGAAGAAAACGACAGUGUUACUACCCUUCAAGCGAUUGUUGCAUCCUAUAGCUUUCAAGAAGAAGGGCAAGAGACCUGAGCACAGAAGGAUGUUGGCAUAAUUGGAAAAUGCUUUCUUUUUUGGCGCCAUGAACACUGGAGCAAAUUUUUUGGAUGCAGUCUGUACAACUGUAAGAUUGCGGUACAGGUAAAACGAAAUCUCCCUGUAUGCACUGUCCUCAUUCAUUAAUUAAAGCUGACAAAAAAGGGUUCAUCUAGCCAAUAGAUUCUCGACACAAGAUUGUAUGGAAUAUCGAACUCUGCUAUAUUGCAUUCACGAAACAGGAACAGUAGUGCCCAUGAAACCCUUUGAUACUCAAAGAUUCGUAGUGGAUUUUGUCCUUUGAAAACAGUAUUUCUGAAAGGAGGGCAUAUUCUCCCAUUAGCAUGGUGCAUAGACAUAUGAUAUUGUCCCUACAUGUUACUGCUUCUCAUGUGAUCCAUUAUACUGAGAAAGGGAAAGGGGAUCUACUUCCGAUUGUGGCUUUGCUUCCUUUCCUUUUUCUCGAACACUGUUCAUAGAAGUGAUUCAAUUAGCUCCCUUUGGUUUCUUUAACCACUAGCUUCAUCAUUGAGUUGGCUUCCUUUUCCCACUUGCUAGGGGCUGCUAGUUAUUAUACUCUUGUUUGUGGGUUGAUCGCUUUUUAGCCGUACUUGGUCUUUUGAUAGAUGCCGCUUUCUGUUCUAUUGUAUAUACUAUAUACAUACUUCUUCUCUACUGCACCAGUUCUAGUUAUCAAGCAGGUCUAGGUCAGUUAGGGUCAUUUGGUGGAGAAUCUGUAUAGGAAAUCAUGUUUAACAAUAUAUUAGUUAAGCUGUUGUGGUAAUGAGUACAUGUUCGCUAUAAUCAACAUUGCAUUAGUUUAGUGUUAAUAACCUAUGGUCCGACAUGAAAGAGGGCCAUGGUUAAGUGGCUUUUGAUUAAGUUAAGUGGGUAAUUAAGGGCCGACAAAACAUUAAGGAGCGCCGUUUUCCCACCUCUGUGGGGCUCCCCAGGGGAGCCGUGGUUUUAGCUAUAGAGAGGGAGAGAGAGCUUUAGGGUUUGUCUACAAGUUGCAUGCCUAGGUUCAGAUCCUUUGUCAUCAUUAAUUAGUGCCUUUGUCCUCCAAAUUACAAUGAUUAGUAGAUGAGUUUUAAGUGAAAAUAUUGCCACCUUGUAACUUGAAUAAUGUGAAAAGAAGAACAAAGCCUAGACUAGGAAGGAAUUCGGUUUGUUUUACUUUACAGGCAAAGAAAGGCAGAAGAUUGAUGGGGGAAAAAAAUAGAUGCUAGUGGUGGGUGGUGGUAUUCUUUCUGCUUCUCGAGUGAGAGAUUGCGGCAUGCAUGUGGUGUAUACAAUCAUGCCAGUGUUAUAGUAGUGGCUCUAUAUUUGCAGUUUGAUUUUCUUCUUUGGUUAGUGAUGGUGAACUAAAAGCUCACCAGCUCCCCACUGCAGCAUAAAGUGGACUGGCAGGAAAGCUCCAGCUCCCCCGGCGUUAUUUGGAUAUACAAUUACCGAAAGUUUAGCCUUUUUCAUGUGUAUAAUGUUCGGCGGUAAGGUUGUCAAACCUGUUUAUGUUUUCAUACCCGUUUUGCUAGUAGUAUGAUUCGAUUUGUGGUGUAAUUAAUUUAUGCUAGUUAAUGCUAAUUUUAGCAAAAUAAGUAGGGAUAGGAAAGUAGGAAAUCAUUAAUGAAAAUGAAAAAUCAUCUUAUUUAAAUACAAUAUAUAACGCAAAACAGUUGUAAAUUGCUGUGUUUUUUUCUGACAGUAAUCUAUCUAUUGCCCUAGCUUUUCAGUUGAGAUAAAGACAUGUGAAAAUA